AUGCCAGCCUCAAUCCCAGAGGCAGACGGGCGCCACAGAGCCUCAGCAGCAUUUUCCCUGAGUUUCCUCUCUCUAGUCUUCUCCAUCACAGCAUUCGGCAGCAGCUACUGGUGUGAAGGGACCAGGAAAGUUGCCAAGCCCUUCUGCAAAGGGGACAGCAAAGGGGAUCUCUGCAUCCGCUUCAACAGCCCCGAGGGCAACAGCAGCCAGGCUGUGCAGUACAUCUGGGAGACGGGCGAUGACAAGUUCGUGGAGAAAAAGUUCCACGCUGGCAUCUGGCAUUCCUGUGAAGAAAUGAUAAAUGAAGAGGGUGAGAAAUGUAGAAGCUUUAUCAGUCUGACUCCAGCUUCUGAUCGAGGGGUUUUGUGGCUGUCUAUUGUAGCAGAGCUUCUCUACGUCCUCCUGCUCCUGACUGGGAACAUUCUGAUGUCAGUAGAAAUGUGCUACUACAGCUCUGUCAUUGAUGGGCUGAAGAUCAAUGCCUUCUCUGCAGUGGUCACCGUGUUAGCAGGUCUUCUGGGCAUGGUUGCUCACAUGAUGUACACAACUGUAUUUCAAAUGACUGUAAAUCUUGGUCCUGAAGACUGGAGACCUCACACUUGGGAUUAUGGCUGGUCCUACGGCCUUGCAUGGACUUCCUUCGCGUGCUGUAUGGCCGCAGCUGUCACCACUAUUAACAAAUACACAAAAACUAUCUUGGAAUUCAAGCACAAAAGAAAAAAGCUGGAAAGGAGCUUUAGGAUUCAAUACAAGUUUCCUGACCACACAGCUCCAGAGAAAGUUUGCAAUGUGUAUGUGAACUCUUUCCAAAACACCACAGACGACCCCACGCACGCAUUGAGAAGUCUGCGCCACCUGGCCACUAUUUCAGUCCUGUAA